UCUCAUCCCAGUAUUUCUACAUCAUUAACGAUCCGCUUAUUGUAGCGAUGCAAUUGAGAUUUUGCGAAACAGUGCGUAAUUGUUCAUAGUACAUGAAGCAAAAACUUCAUUUUGACGGAAAUAAGAGCUGUGGCAGAGAGAACCGUUGGUGAUAGCAGAAACUGGAAACGAAUAAAAGCUGGGUAAGAAAAGAAGAUGGCAUCGAACCUGGUAUACCUAGGCCUGCUUCUGCUUGGUGUCACUACCUUUUGUGCAGCCCAAAAUUGCAGCUCGUGUCAUGCCCAGGCUACUUGCUUCACUGUUAAUUCGACCUACUCAUACUGUGAAUGCAACCCGUCUGCCUACGUUGGCAAUGGGACCUACUGCCAACAUCGAUGCUUUGUUAACAACGGAGGCUGCCACCAGUACGCAAACUGCACCAAUGCGACCAAUACUGUUAGCUGCACAUGUACAAGCGGCUUCACAGGGAACGGAAAUAUUUGCUAUGACGUCAAUGAAUGUUUGAUUUCAAAUGGAGGCUGUGACGGUAACGCAACUUGCACAAACACACUCGGUAGUCGAGAAUGCCAAUGCAACUCGGGUUACAAUGGAAAUGGCCUAUUCUGCAUAGAUAUUAAUGAAUGUUUAGUUGGCAACAAUGGCGGCUGCCAUGUUAACGCAACCUGCUCGAAUACAAUUGGUUCAAGGACAUGUACAUGUAACAGUGGGUUUCAAGGCAAUGGGAUAUUGUGUUUCGACGUAGACGAAUGCUUGGUAAAUAAUGGUGGCUGCAAUGCAGCAGCAACUUGUACAAACACUGCUGGUUCUCGUGUUUGCAAGUGCAAUAUGGGGUAUACUGGUGACGGGAUCAACUGUAAUGAUGUCAAUGAGUGCAGCCAAAAUAAUGGAGGAUGUAGCCAGUAUGCCAAUUGUUCCAAUACAAUUGGCUCUUUCGCCUGCUCUUGUAAUAAUGGGUUUGGUGGUGAUGGAAAGUCUUGCUUCGACAUCAACGAAUGCUUGACUACAAAUGGUGGUUGCGACCAAAAUGCCAUGUGCAUAAACACUGUAGGCUCUAGAACAUGUACAUGCAAGCAAGGAUAUGCUGGCAAUGGAACGUAUUGUGGAAACGUAAAUGAAUGUCUGACUAACAACGGAGGAUGCGAUGUGAAUGCAGACUGUUAUGACGUAAUUGGCAGCAGAAACUGUACUUGCAAAUCUGGGUAUACAGGAACUGGCUUGAACUGCUAUGAUGUGGAUGAGUGCCUUACAAGCAACGGAGGUUGUUCGGCCAACGCUAUGUGCCAUAACACAGUUGGAUCCCGUACUUGCGCCUGCAAAUCUGGCUUUACUGGAAAUGGUACCCAUUGCACUGACAUUAACGAGUGCACAUCGGGCGCAGCUUCUUGCAGUUCAAAUGCUGGUUGUACCAAUACAGAAGGAUCGUACACAUGCUCUUGCAAUGCUGGAUUUCAAGGAACUGGCUUGAACUGCUAUGAUGUUGAUGAGUGCCUUACAAGCAACGGAGGUUGUUCGGCCAACGCUAUGUGCCAUAACACAGUUGGAUCCCGUACUUGCGCCUGCAAAUCUGGCUUUACUGGAAAUGGUACCCAUUGCACUGACAUUAACGAGUGCACAUCGGGCGCAGCUUCUUGCAGUUCAAAUGCUGGUUGUACCAAUACAGAAGGAUCGUACACAUGCUCUUGCAAUGCUGGAUUUGAAGGCAAUGGUCAUUUCUGCAUGGAUGUGAACGAAUGUCUACGCAGUAAGGGAGGGUGCCAUGCCACGCUAGCAACGUGCGCAAACACUUACGGUUCGCGGACAUGUACUUGUUUUGCCGGCUAUACCGGAAUGAUCAUUUGUACAGAUAUAAACGAAUGUCUGACCUCGAAUGGUGGUUGUCAUGUCAACGCGACUUGCACGAAUACACCAGGAUCGAGAACUUGCCAAUGUAAGUCAGGUUUCAGCGGCAAUGGCCUUAACUGUGUGGAUAUUAACGAAUGUGGAGUUGUGAAGGGAGGGUGUCACACCAAUGCCAAUUGCAACAAUUAUGACGGUACAUACGCCUGUAUUUGCCAGGGCGGAUUUUCUGGAAACGGGACGUAUUGCGGGGACAUUGAUGAAUGUGCCACUGGAGCACACUCGUGUCAUUCCCAAGCUACAUGUACCAACACCCCUGGUGCGUUUACUUGUGCUUGCAAAAGCGGAUACGAAGGGAAUGGCAAAACAUGCAAAGAAGUAACCGAUCCACUCAAACUCAUAAUGGCGCUUGUUAUUGUUGUUGUUGUGUGCUGUGCCCUAAUCUACAUGGUCGUACAUUUUGGAUUAGCUAAAAAAUGUGGCAAAGGUGGAAGCGACGCUUAAAGGAGACACCCUUCAUGUCGAGAUGACAACGUAUUUCAGUAUUUUGUAUUUGCAAUUUUCAAAAUCACGUAUUAUAGCUUUGCUUGGAGGUAAUUUUUUUCCUUUGUUGA